CAGCUGUGCGCAUGCGCCGGCGCUGUGUACGCCGCGCCGGGUCAGGGGUCACCAGCAAGAUGGCGGCGGCACUGACCUUCCGCCGGCUCCUGGCUCUCCCCAGGGCUGCACGGGGUUUCGGGGUCCGAGUGUCGCCGUCCGGGGAAAAGGUCACCCACACUGGCCAGGUUUAUGAUGAAAAAGACUACAGGAGGAUUCGGUUUGUAGAUCGUCAGAAAGAGGUGAAUGAGAACUUUGCCAUUGAUUUGAUAGCAGAACAGCCCGUGAAUGAGGUGGACCAUCGGAUCAUAUCCUGUGAUGGCGGGGGUGGUGCCCUGGGCCACCCCAAGGUGUACAUAAACUUGGACAAAGAAACAAAAACAGGGACGUGUGGCUACUGUGGCCUGCAAUUCAAGCAGCACCAUCACUAGUGUGGGCUGUGUCCUGGCCCUCUUACGUCUGUGGAGCAUCUCCACAUAGGUGUUUUGGUGUGAGGUCACUGCUCUGUGGAUGGCGUCCCUUGUUAUGAAUAAAGGAUGCUGCCACCA